AUGGUUUCACAGCCAGCGCCAUUCCCGGGGUUCACCCCGAUAUCAGAUAGGGUCUAUCUUCGCAAUGCCCCCGAAAAUGCCGCACCUGCUCCAGCAGACGAGCCAACAACCAUCAUUCUCUUCGGCUGGGGUGACGGGAUGCCUAAGCAUGUCGCUAAGUACAGCGACGGAUUCCAUGAACUGUAUCCCUCUGCUAGAAUUGUGGUCAUCCUAUCACGCACUUUCCAGGCCUCAAACCAGCCCCUGGAUGCCAGGGUUGAAGCCAUGCUGCCCGUUAUCGACACUGUCUUCCCAAAACCCACAGGCGAUGGGCUCGAGGAAGAGCGCGUCUUGUUACAUGUCAUGUCGAACACUGGCGGCAUCUUCUUAGCCGCCGCCUUCGUUGCGUACCAGCAACGGCAUGGCGCAGAUAAGAAACUCCCGCAUCAACUUUUGGUCUGCGAUUCUACCCCUGGCGGUCUGAACUUUGCGUCUCAGGUUGGCCGCUGGUCUCGGGCAUUAGCUGUGAGCUCAGCGAAAUAUUUCCCUUGGCCGUUCUUUAUUACCCAGGGACUAUGGUAUGGUUUCCUGUGGGGUAAUUGGGCCUGGGAACGCCUGCGUGGUCUUGAGCCGUCGGGUGUUUGGGCGACGCGAGUUUGUAUGGAUCAAGACAUCUGUGCGAUCGACCCUACCAGACUUUAUCUCUACUCCAAGGAGGAUGAGAUUAUCUUUUGGAAGGACUUGGAAGAAAGUGUUGCAAAUGUAAAAGCGGCGGGCUUCCCGAUUGAACUUGAGAUGUUUGAGGGCUCGCCGCAUGUUGGGCAUAUGAGGAUGCACCCGGAGCAGUAUUGGAAUCGGAUUGCCUCUUGCUGGAAGGCGACACAGGAGAAGAAGUAA